AUGAACAUCGUUCACCUCGCCGUACCUGGGAUUGCUUCGUCAGGGGCUCGACAUCUGUCGCCACUGGAGAUUGUCGUAGACCCGGCAACACUCUACAGGUAUGAGAGGACCACCGAGGGUGCUCUGCUGGCUUUCGACAAGAUGACCAUCGAACAAGGGGCGGCUUCGGCUUCGUCUGCCACGGCCGACGUGACCGGAGAUUGGGUGGUGUACCUGGCAAGGAGCGCAAACGAAGGCUUGGCUUAUAUCAAUGCCGCAGCCAACCCUUCCACCGGUCUGUUCUCUCUCGGGAGCACCUUCACUAUACAAACAGGGUGGGAUGUCGAGUUUAUCGCGGCCCAUCCUGACGGGACGCGCUUGUACGACUUCAUCCAGCGCUUGUACGCCGGCCGGACCAGCAAUGGAAAGGUGGUCGGAAACGCAAGCCUGGUGGCAUACCGGACCCACACAGAGACACCAAGUACCCUGAGUCCAACACAGGCGCCUACCCCUGCCCCAACGGCAACUCCAGAUCCUACACCUAGCCCAACGGUAUCCCGGCUUGGAAAUUCCAAUGAGAUAUCUCCGCCAGAGUUGAUCUCCGCAGAGCUUUCAGAAACUGAAAGCUUGUUCGCAUUAAGCUUCAACCGGACCUGCUAUUGCACAGCUGGCGCUGGAGUUGCGGAGCUUUCGGAGCUGUCGUUUCCGCCGGCCUUGUGCGGACACGACUUCGUAACCGGGGUCUAUGAUCAACGGUUCGUGGUCUAG